AUGGCUAGUCUAAGCAACUUCUCAUUCCUUGUGCUUUUGUUAUUGGGAACAAGGUUAAUUGCCAUUGCAACUGGGGGUGACCAUGUUGAUAUUGCAAUUCCACCAGGUUCCAGUAUUAUUGAAGCAGUUGUGGAUGACUACGUUGAUAUCGCACCUGUAUCUACUGAAGUUAAUGAAGCUGAUGACGAUGAGGUUGAGGUCCCAGUCCCAACACCAGAAGGGUCUCCACAGGACCUUCUCCUUUUGGAAGGUUGUUGGGAAAGACUUGUGCCCAAGUGUAGACAGGAAGCAAUGAAAGCCAUAUUUGAGGAUGGAAAUAGUAUUAGCCGGGACUGUUGUUUUGGUCUGCGUGAAGAAUUGGGAAAAGAGUGUCAUGAUGCCUUGGUGAAAUAUGCUGCUCCAAGACUACCUGUUAAGUAUAAUUUUGAUUAUUACGUUAAAAGAGGCCAGCAAGAAUGCGAUCGCUGUGAAGAAGUAACCCAAUACUCAUUUUAA